AUGGCCCUGACUGCACCAGACGAGAACCUCAUCAUCAGCAAAGCGACGCGCAUCUCGUCGAUCGAGUCGUCGCUGCGCUCGCUCACCUGGUUCUUGCCGGGUAAGUCCACAACCGGCGAUCCGACCAACUCGGCGAGCACCUACCUGUUGGCUACUAUCCGUCCAACCGGCCAGGCGCGCCACCGCACGAACCCUGGCACGUGAUAUCUGACUUAGUCAUCCUCAUAACCACAGGUCGAUUCCAGGACAGUGAACUUGCAUCGGAAGCUCGUCAGUUGCUCCCUUUCGUUCCCUUGCCCCGCGCUUGAGCCCGGGUGUACCGAACUGACCGACCGGCUUCGGGCUGCACCUGCGUCGCCCCCACAACAGUCUACACGGUGCUCAACAUUCUGGGAUCCUACCAUGAUUCGGUCCUCCUACGUACCGUCUCCGUCCUUCCUUCUCCUGUCCGACCCCCAUCGUCGUUGCACGCAAGGUAUACGCGCCACUACGCCCAAACCUCGUCGACCUACCACCUCCUCGCGCGCCUCCUCUCCCUGCUCAGCUACUCGGAGCUGCUGCUCGAGAUGGGCAUCAAGAAGCGUGUAGGUCGAGAACAAGCCGAGCAAGCCGUCGUCGCGAUCGAAGCGACCAAGGCUGCCCUUCGACUCGGCUUGAUGCGUACAACCCAGGGGAGAUCGGCGGUCAACCCACCCAUCGCCGAGAGGGAGAUUGAUCCUUCCGUCUUGGACCUGCAUCGACCCCAUCUCGUCCGUAGUUCGUCACACCAACGCAUCUCGUUCGAGGCGACCAAGGAACACCCUCGCUCUGCAGCCGACGUCCUGUUGCGCAAAAAUGGCCAAGACGGCACCGAUCCCGAACAGGAUGAGGAUCCCGAGAAACCGCUCGAUUACUGGACCGGCCCACGGACUGGCGUCACGAGGUCGACGAUCGCCCAUCUACGCGGUGGGGUCGAUGAGGGUGAACCUUUGCCAGGGACCUCGAGUGCAAAGGGGAAGGAUGCCGUGAAGGCUUAUCUGAUGACUCGGGUCUUGACGGUCGAGGAUGUCAAAAAACCGGAGGAUUUGGUCGGCAAAACCAAAGGGCUGGGCCGAUUGGCUGAAGUGAUUUGGAUUCUUCGACCCCUGAUCUAUGGUGAGUACGAGAUCGUCAUUCUAACCGUAGUCGUGGAUCAUCUUGCCUAACGUCGGUCUCGGCAUUCCUUCCUUGUCUCUGCAGUCCUCGCCAUGCGCAAAUACGGCCGAAGACACACCUUGCCCUACCUCCUCUCGCUCGCACUCGAAUACCUAUCCUUCUCCCUGCGCAAAUCAUCCACGCGACAACAGGCGGGCACCAAGGCCUCGGGUCCAAUGUUGCCGCACGCGCCAUCGGAAUUGGAAAAGGCCGAGACCAAGAAGCGCGCCAAUGCGUUCUGGUGGUACCUCCUCCGAGGACCGGUUUGGGAAACUUGGACCAAGUCAGUAGCUCACAAUCCGAUCAAAUCAACGAAACCCGAAGCUGACCUGUCCAAGGGACUUUCUCAUCGCAGGCCGCGAUUGUUGGCGUUCGCGGACAAGUUCGAGGCCAAGCCUUUGAUUGGGUUCGUCUCGACCGUCGUGCAUGAUUACACGCCCUUGGUCGACGACUACUACUUCUGUGAGUCUCUGAGGGACCCUGUUAAGAUGAAUUGUAUCCAGGCUCACGGCAUCCGUGCUUCCACUACUUCCAGACACUUCGUGAUCCCCGCGCAUCUUUCGCCCACGACUCUCCUUCCUCUCCCUUCCUCUCCCUUCCUCUCCCUUUCGUGUAUUGUAGCUUGGUCUGGUAGUCACCAUCAUGGGAAUAAUGUGA